AUGGAAGAAAUACAAAGUGAGGUAAUAACAUGGAAGAAGGAUGAGAAUGAGAAAGAAGAAGCAGAAGCUCAAGUGGAAAUAUGGAAAUACAUAUUUGGUUUUGCUGACCAAGCUGUGGUGAAAUGUGCAAUUGAACUUGGUAUAGCUGAAGCCAUUGAAAAGCAUGGGAAACCAAUGUCACUAUUAGAGUUAUCAUCAACUCUAGGAUGCAAUCCUUCAUAUCUUAACCGCAUCAUGAGAUUCCUAAUACACAGGAAGAUAUUCAAAACCAUAUCUACCAACCAUGAAAACUAUCCUUACUAUGUUCAAACACCACUUUCUCUAACAUCUUCAACAACCGGUGAUUUAAAAACAAAUCUUCGGAUUUUGCAUGAUUGGGGGGAUGAAGAAUGCAUCCAAAUAUUGAAGAAAUGUAAGGAAGCUAUUCCAAAUGACAAUGGAAGAGUAAUUAUCGUGGAAGCAGUGAUUGAAGAAGGAGGAAACCACAAGUAUAAAGAUGUAGGGUUAGUGUUAGACAUGGUGAUGAUGGCACACACUAACUAUGGCAAAGAACGUACCCUGAAAGAGUGGGAAUAUGUGAUCAAAAUGGCUGGAUUUAAGGGAUGCACUGUGAAAUCUAUCAAUGCUGUACAAUGUGUAAUUUUGGCUUUUUGCUAA